CAAAAGGUUGAUCCUGCAUGCAACACCGUACACAAGAGAAUCACAGCUCCCAUGGCCUUUUUCUCCUUCGACUCCUUCAAGAAGGGCGCCGGAAAAAAACGUGCUGCGAGCGAUUCCGAAUCAGAGUCCUCCGAGCCCAAACCGAAGGCGGCCUCAGCUGCACCACCGGUAGCAAAGGCUCAGGAUGUGAAGGAGACACCCUCCGAGCUGCUGGCCGUGGCCAAGGAGCUGCAGACCACCGCAGAGCUCGCGCGGCGCUUCGCCGUGGCAACAUUGCGACAGUGGAAGCAGCAAGGUGAUGGUGCCUUGGGCGAAGCUCCGGAUAUGUCUUCGCUGGAGCCCUUGUUAGAUUUGUUGUUGGCCAAAGCCUUGGAUGAGAAGGAGGAGGAGCACAUGAAGCAGUGCUGCUUACAAAGCCUGGAGGGGCGACGAGACUGCAUCAUGCAAGACUGGGGAACUGUUGUGGAAACAUUUGUUGGCCCAAAAGAGCUACAUCGACCUCAUCCAUGGAAGCAAGACCUGGGUCACUGGAGGCCUAUUGUAUAUCUCCAGCGAUGAACCGAAGGGCAAUGAACGAAUGUGGGGGCAGAAGUGGCGAAAGAUAGAGGACCAGGGCUCCUUGUUGGACAACGCGGCGACGCAAAAGGCCUUACAGAGCUUCAAGCGGUUGCUCUCCUUCCACGAGAAGGACUCGGGACAACUUGAAUUGCCGCCGCCGGCCGAGUCCAGAGUCCGGUUGGUCAGCUACUCCGGAAUGUAUGGCAUGGGUGGGAAAUGGAGGACCUGCAAGUUGCUCACUGCUCAAGUCAUAGAAGGACCUACCCGCAUUAGUCCGUAUUAAGUUGGGAUUGCCCCUGCAAGAAUCAGAAAAAACGGUGUACCAUGGUGCACCUGUGUUCAAUGUUUUGUUAUGUUGUAAGCCAGUUGCCCACUCGUAAGUGCUUCAAAGAGAGGAGUGGCUUGAGUUCCUGAAUGUAUCAGAAGAUAUCAGAUAUUUGUAUUGUUUAGUUUGCUAAUUCAAGUGUAUCGGAACGGAAGCACGCCAAAACAUGUUUCAAGUUGAUUCUAGUCUAGUUGCUAAUGCAUGCUAAUGUUGUUUAUUUCGGAGGCUCAUGGUCAUCAUGAGCGGAGGAUUGUGUAGAAAUGUUUUGGUGGAUUGGAGUCUGGCGGGGAAUUUUAGUGCACCCCCCAGUUUCGUUCCAUCCUUUUUGGAUUGGUGGUUUGUAGCUGAGUCAUUGUAGAAUGAUCAGCUGGGAGUUGUUUUUUGAACAACCACUGCCAGGGGUCACAUGAGCAGGGGCAACAAAACCUGGCAGAAGAUUCGAUUUUGAAUGAUAGCUUAGCACUUGGCUGCCCCUGGUUAGGCAUCCACAAACAACGACCUUUUGGAAACUGUAGUAACUGUAGUAUAUAUGAUGUUCUAUCGUAGUGUGCUGGGGAAGAUCCACUCUUUCAGGCGUCCGGCAUCCCAGUCUGAGCCGCUGAUCGAAGCCAGCUGUGAGGAAAUGGUCCCAAACAACCAUCAAGGGAAAUGCCGCCCUCCGAAUCCUUCAGCGUUUUCAUGUUACUCCGCCUCGAUGAAGCAACAGAGCAUAUGAGACAACAUAGAGAACUAUUUGUUGGAACAAAGGACGGGGGAAGCGACUUGAUAUUUGCUUGGAGUCUGUUUUGUUGCGCAAGGGAAGGACCUAAGGAGCUGGAUCCAUGGCUCCUGAGCAAAUCCUAUUCAC